UUGGAAGAAAGACGCGCAUGCUCACUCUCUUUCAGCUACGAAUAGCUUUGAGGGCUCUUUGUUUUAGACGUAGCUAGCUAGCUACAGACGAUUUCUCUCUUCGCUUCAGCCUUUAAGGGCAUCAGGUGGACGACAACCAACUUCAUCACAGGAGUUAUAGAAGAAGCUUGAAAACUGGCAACAGAAGACUAUUUUUUCCGAAAAAUACAUAAUUUUAGGACCAUGAAACAGUUGACACUUCCUCCUGUAUACAAACAAAAAUGAGUCAGUUGUCCUUAAGGUAGACCUUAAGAGUUAUUUUGUAAUUUGUAGUUUCGAGUCGUAUUUGUUUUCACGUGUCGCGGUGAAAUGUAAUGUCAUGCGAAGACAUGAAUAAAAGGUGAUAGACUCCUUUUAUUUCAAGCGGACUAACAUGGGAGAAGAGGGUUGUGUUUUCAGUGAAAGGCAGCCCAUGGGGUGCGAAGGUACAUGGCAACUUUCUUGGUCUCUGGACUUUAACGGAGGCGAGUGGGGUCCAGGCACAGAAAAAAGCCCAAGAUCCUGAUUUCAUCCGAUAUUUCGUGUCAGUUCAAAAUUGUGGAGAUGGAGACUGUGGGGAAAUUCGAGUUCAGUCGGAAAGAUUUAAUAGGACAUGGCGCAUUCGCGGUGGUGUUCAAAGGCAGACAUAAGGAGAAACACGACUGGGAAGUGGCUGUUAAGUGCAUUAACAAGAAAAACCUGGCAAAACACAGGACGCUAUUAGGAAAAGAAAUAAAAAUAUUAAAGGAAUUGAAACAUGAUAAUAUCGUUGGGUUACUGGACUUCCAGGAGAUGGCAAGUUGUGUGUACCUUGUCAUGGAGUACUGCAACGGGGGAGACCUGGCGGACUACCUUCACUCGAAAGGCACGUUGAGUGAGGAUACCAUCCGGGUCUUCCUGCAGCAGAUUGCUGGUGCCAUGAGGGUUCUGCACGCUAAAGGCAUCAUCCACCGGGACCUCAAACCCCAGAAUAUCCUGCUGUCUUACUCCGGGAGCCGGAAAUCCAACCCCAACAACACCCGCAUCAAGAUAGCUGACUUUGGAUUUGCACGCUAUCUACAGAACAACAUGAUGGCUGCCACACUGUGUGGCUCUCCCAUGUACAUGGCACCUGAGGUGAUCAUGUCCCAAAGCUAUGAUGCCAAAGCUGACCUGUGGAGCAUAGGAACCAUUGUGUACCAGUGCUUGACCGGGAAGGCCCCCUUUCAGGCUAGUAGCCCACAGGAUCUCCGGCUGUUCUACGAGAAAAACAAAAACCUCAGCCCCAACAUUCCCCGGGAGACGUCCAACCACCUGCGACGUCUGCUCCAGGGCCUUCUGCAGCGUAACCACAAAGACCGAAUGGACUUCGAUGAGUUUUUCCGACACCCUUUCCUCGAGGCAAGUUCGACGGUGAAAAAAUCUGUUCCUGUGCCUAUGCCCUCAUAUCCCAGCUCCGGAUCAGCUAGCUCCUGCAGCAGCUCCUCCACCUCCCACCUGGCCUCCCCUCCGUCAGUCGGAGAGAUUCAGCAGCUCCGGGGCAAGGCGCCGACAUCGCCUACCCAGGAUUCCCCGGGCUACCUGAAGGACUCUGCGGGGAACAGUAGCAGCAAGAACUCGUCCAGCGACGCGGACGACUUCGUCAUGGUGCCCGCCCAGUUCCCCAGUGAGCUGGCCUGCGAGCCCCCGGUUGGGAAGCCAGUGCAGGAUAGCCUGAUGUACAGCGGGAGCUCUCUGAUGGCUUCUGGUGGCGUGGGGAGUCAGGGCAAGACCCCGCCCCCCUCUCCUUCCUUCAGUGGCAUUCCCAGCCCAGCAGGGAGGACCCCCGAUUUCUCCGCCAGUAACUAUGGCCAGUCUGUUGCCGUACCCGUCCCCACUCAGAUCCACAACUACCAGCGCAUGGAGCAGAACCUGCAGUCCCCCAGCCAGCAGGGGUCGCCCAGGACUGCGCCUGGGCUACGUAGGUGCUGCAGCAGCGGCUUCCCGGUCUUCGCGAAGAGUGGCGCCUCGCCCCCCUUCCCAGGAGACCAAGGGGCGGGCGUCGUCGUCCGCAGGCACUCGGUGGGCGGGUGCAGACCCUACCAGCCCUCCCCUCAAGUGGGGACGAUCCCGGAGACGCCAGGUCAGCCCUGUCCGCAGGGCACGGCGACGGGCCGGCUGCAGGGAGCAGGGGCGGCCCGCGGCGCUCUGAGGCGCGGCUCGGUCCCGGAGCCCCUCCUCACCCGGCCGGGCCUGGGCUCCCGGCUGCACAGCGACCCCUGCCUGGCGGAGGUCGCGCACGGCUGCCGGCAGAAGAUCCGCAAGCAGCCCUGGGACGCGGCGGCAGCGGCGGCUCCGCGGCCCUGCAGCCAGCCCCUGCAGGUCCCCCCUGCGGGCGUGCCCGGCCGCCCCCUCCACUCGUCCCCCAAGCUGUCCGAGUUCAUGCAGAGGAGCCCCCUCCCCACCAUCCUGGGAUCCCCCACCAAGGACAUGCCUCCGUUCGAGUUCCCUAAGCCGGCCAGCACCCAGAACCUGGUCACGCUGCUGACGCAGCAGGGUCUGGUUCUGACGCCGAGCCGCAACCAGACGCUCCCGGACCUGAAGGAGCUGGAGCUGCUGCCCGGGGCCCAGCCCGGCCCCUGCAACGUACCGACGGAGAAGAACAAGGGCUCUUUUGGAAGGUCGCUGAGCACCGGGCGCCUGUCGGACAUGCUGCUGAAGGCCGCCUUCGGUCCCCAGCUGGCGGAAGGAGGAAGCAACGAGAGCCUGAACACCGAGAAGCCCAUGGACACCACAGCACCCCCUGGUGGUGGAGGUGGAAUGGCAGUUGGUUCAGGCAGCCCAGUCCCUGUGGUCUUCACUAUUGGUUCCCCGCCUAGUGGGACCACGCCACCUCAAACCACUCGUACCAGAAUGUUUUCAGUAGGCUCCUCCAGCUCAGUCAGCUCGGCGGGGUCCUUCACUGGUCGCCAGGUCAUGACGGGCAUGUGUGCGGAAGGCUGCGAGGGUCCUUCCAGUCCACGCUUUGGCUUCUCUGACCCGGUGACUGCCAACCUGGAAGGGGUGGUCACCUUCGAGGCCCCCGAGCUGCCAGAAGAGACAUUGAUGGAGCAGGACCACACGGAGAUGCUGAGGAGCCUGCGCUUCACGCUGGCCUUCGUCCACUGCGUCAUGGAGAUCGCCGUCUCCAAGGGCAGCGGGAUGGACACCAGCGAGGCCCCCGACGCCUCCUUCCUGCAGCCGCAGAGCCCGGUGGCCGACCAGAUCAGCCUCCUGAGCCGAGAGUGGAGCUAUGCGGAGCAGCUGGUCCUGUACAUGAAGACGGCUGAGCUCCUGUCUUCUGCGCUGCACAACGCAAUGGAAGGCAUAAAGCAGGGCAAGCUCUUUCCCUCCUCCUCUGUCAAACAAGUGAUAAAGAAGCUCAACGAGCUCUACAAAUCCAGUGUGACCUCGUGCCGCUGCCUGAAUGUCCGGCUGCAGCGCUUCUUCCUCCACAAGCAGCGCCUGAUGGACCGCAUGAAUAGCGUCACUGCCGAGAAGCUGGUGUACAGCCACACUGUGCAGAUGGUGCAGUCUGCAGCGCUGGACGAGAUGUUCCACCACGGCGAAGCCUCCAUCCAGCGCUACCACAAAGCCCUGCUGCUGAUGGAGGGCCUGUCCCUCAUCAUCACCGAGCAGGCGGAUAUCAGCAACAUCAGCAAGUGUAAGCUGUGUAUUGAGCGUCGGCUGUCUGCCCUGCAGUCCGGAUUGUGCGCUUGAGGACUGGAGGGCUGAGGCCAAGCCGUCAGUGGAGCGUCCUGCCCCCUGGGUCAGAACCUCAGCCUCGGCACCCCCCUCCUUCUGCUGUCUCAGAACCUCUCCUGCCUUCACGUCAGACCUCUACACUUCCAUACACUUCAGACCUUUGACACUUUUGAAUCUUCAAGCUUCUGGAGGGGGGAGGACCAAGGCUGAAACUUCUGUGGUUGGCACUGAAAAGUUGUCUUGUCAGUGCCCUUGUGGGAUAAUCCAGGCUUCUGCUCUGAGAAUCCUCAAAGAUUUCAUGAUCCGCCGAUGGUUACCUUUUGCAUUUGCUCAUCGUUUUUCAUCUCCGCUCCUAUCAAUCAUUUGACCCCUGCCUUUGGGAGCCGAGCUGCCAAACAUGCCGGAGCAUCUGCUUUCUCAGUGCAUUUGUGAUUCAGCUCUUUGAAGAGGUCUGAUUUGAGUGAAAUCCAUGUGAACUCAAGGCCCGUGUUUGUGUGUGUGUUAACGGAAGAGGAUUUUGGAGAACAGGAGGUGGAUCAGUUUUUAAGUUGUACCAUGAAUGCCGUUUGAAGACCACUGCACCUUUGCAGUGGUUAAAUGGCAAGGGUCUGGGCGAGGAUGGAGAAGUGCUUGACAAAAUGGCCCACUGUAAAUAGGCAAUAGACCAUGUCCCUGGUUCACUUACAAGAGCACAUAACUCCAUUCACCCGUAUUAAUUUCCAGUGUAGCAAGGCCAAGUUUGAGUUUCCCUUUUUCUUUUAACAUACCUCUGAGUGCAUGGUAUUGAAGAAAUGACUUGCACUCUUCUAUUCAAAGUAAUUUGACUCUUGUAACUUGGGAGAAUGAAGAGGUACGCUUACUGCGUAAUAGAGUCCAGCAGAAUAUAGACACAUGCCAUAUGGCUGUAGACAACCAGUAUGUUAAAAAAUAUUUAUAUAUACAUAUAUAUUAAUUUAUGGAGUUGGAGUUUGAAUGACUGGGGUCAAAAAUCCCAAUUUUAGACCAAAGUAUUGUGUAACGGCUGUGAUGCUGAAAACACACAUGAACUGCUGAAAACCCAGUAUGGAUAUUGUGAGCGUUUUCUUUUUUCACCACUCCGUCGGUGUUCCUUUCUACACAUUUAUUUGUUACAUCCCUGCAUCUUGUACCAACUGCAAUAAGUGCUUAUGUACACUUAUUGGCCCCAGUAGCAUAUGUAGCACCCUGUUGUUUUAAGAUAAAUCAGUCACCAACAAAUCUCAAAGUAAAUAUAAUUCUUCUUACAAGGAAAAGUCACAAAAAAACUUUGUGACCAAUAGACACUGGACUUGCCUACCUUGUCCAAGUAACCAUGACAUUCAAAAUACGUUUAACUGCAAGGCCACUGUUCCCUGUAAAUCUUGAAUAGGAGUGAUCUGGUGAGUUCUGCAGAUACAGGCUUGAAUGUAUGCAUUUCAAUAUUAGAAUAUUUAGCAGAAAAAUGUGUUGAAAGAGAAGGGUCACAAACCUACAUGAAUGACCAGCUGAAUAUCUGAAGACAAAACAAAGGAAGAGGCCUUUUUUGUUGGUUUAGUGUUCUUACUCCCUAUGCCACGUUUGAACAGAGGAGCACUUUAAUAUUUUUAUAUUUCGCAAAAUUGUGUAUGUUUAAAGGGUAACAACUCCAUUUCCUCAAUAUGUUUCCUCAGGCCGGCCACCAAGUGAACUGCUCUCUGCCCGACAGUUGCAGAAAGUGUGUCUGAGGCUAAUCAAAGGGGGAGGAUCCUGUGUUAUCCAACACAAAGUUGCUUAUCUUUUGCUUUCCUAUGUUUGCAUUUUUCCACUUUUUAAUUCAAUAAGAAAUUUUUACACAGGAAGUGGUCGUGUGUAGAGCAGGCAACAAAACAGUUAGGGGUCAGAAUCCCUUAACGACCUUGUGCCACAAAGGCUAUGUUUGAACCAAAGUCUGGAACCUGACUCAUGGACAAUCCUAGGUUGUCUUCAAUCGGUUGAAAUAUUUUAAUUCCAUUUCUUAUUUAUUGCAUAAUGUCAAUGAGUAGUCCAGAUACUACCACUGCCAGAGACGUGAGCACUAUGGACAUUGAAACUUGAUCAUUCAGUGGGGGACUCACUGGAAAUGGCUGUUGUAGUCUUGGACCAUAUCUCAGGAAGUUUCCAUGGAGACAGACUUUCCUUUUGUUUGUCAGAAUGACUGCUCUUGCUCGCGAUGCCAACUCCUGACACCUAUCAGUCGACACUACCUACAAUCUGGGCGGGCUCCUGUAUGAAGGGGGUGUGGUUUCCAGUUUGACAGCAGCCUUGGGGAUUGCAACACGAGUCGACUUUUGGCUCAGUGGACUAUGUAGCCCAGUGCGGUAUGCGCCAUGUCCCCCGACCCCUCCCCAUAUGCACGCUGGAGACCGGGACUGGCAGAGACUUUACCCGAGUGAGCCCGGGCCUGCUGUGCCCAAACAGCCACGCGGCCUGGCUGGCACACUGGGUAGCAAAGAGCACUCUGCAUUUAUCGUUGCACUACUACUAGUGAAUGAAUCAGUACUGUAUGAAUAAGACUUAAAGAAACAAGUAUACUUAGAUGGAGCUCAUCUGAUUUUCAUUUUGUAUGCUCUUACAAAAAUUAGUUUUAGAAUUUUUUUCCUCCAUUCUUAGAAGGCUUUUUUUUAAUUAAGCAAGAGUGCUUUUACUUGUCUUUGACUCUUUUGCCUGUUAUUUUUAUUGACCUGAUUGUUGCCUAUAUCUUGACAGAAAAAUUCAAAAUAAGCUGUAUGGAGGAAAAACACAAAAAGGCACCUUUUCAAAGUCAACAAAACAAAAUGUACACUGAAAAAUUUUUGUUUUUUUUAAAUAUAUAAAUGACAUGUAUUUGUACCUGUAUUGAGUGUUUUAAUGGUUGAUGUGUUUUUGUUUUUCAGUUAACUGCAGCCAAAAUUGGAUGGAUGUUUUUGUAGGACUGGGAAUGUAUGUGAGAAGAGUGAUUGCGGUUGGUUGUUGCUACAUAGUUCAAAUUAAACAUGCAAAAUGAAAUACAGGUGUGUUUGUGUGCAAGUCUGGUGUGGUGAUGCGAACCAGAAUCUCUGGGCUACACAAAUCUUAAAGAAAUUAAAUAUGUCCACAAACAAAGAUAUACAUCAAGCAGUAUCAAAGCAAAGGUGGUGUAGCAGGAGGGAAAGCUGCUGUGGUUUCAAAUGUUUUUGAAUGAAAGCUUGGGUCAGCUUGUGUUUAAGGGGAGUAUGAAUUUGCCAACUGAUGCUCCAGUUCAUUGCUUUGCACCAGUUAGCAGUAGCAUCCCCAAAAUUAUCUUCCUCUUCACUGUUGCUGUAUGUAAAUGAAUGUAAUUAUGGACAGUCACACAUGCUUCUCUGUAAAUGGUUUACAGUUCACCAAAACCAAUGUAUAUAUUUUCAUACUACUUGAAAAUUUUGCUUUUGUGCUUAUAAAUAUUUUAAAAAAUUUGGCCAUUGAGUGUAUAUUUUACCUUAACCUUUCUUUAUUGCUUGUACUGUAAAUAGUCUGUAAAUUAGUAUUUAUUGCUUUAUAGAUACACUAUAAGAAAUGCAUUAGGAUAAUCACCCCAUCUCUUAGAAUACUGACUUUCAUGUUCUGCAACUGUUCACAUGCUGCCAGAACAUUGUAACAUAUUACUGACAAACAAUACAAAACUAAAAAACACGUAUUUUAAAUGUGUGCUGUAACUUUUUGCUUUGAAAGUGCAACAUAAAUAAAGGUUUGAAAUUUGA